CUACCUUCUCCGAGCCCCUCCUCCUCCUCGAUUGCCUUUCAAGAUCUGCCCGUCGGACACCUGCAACGUAAUGCACUCUGCACACCAUCUUUCUCGCGUUCGAUCAGCUUUGUUGUCUGGCUCAUGUUCCAUGUGCUGAACCCGACCUCACCGGACUCUAGUACUGCGCCACCUUGCCAUGCCUUCGCAAACCCAAACCGCAUCCCGCCCUGCGCUAUUCAGAACGAUGUCGCUUCUCUUCUGGCCCCACUGCCGUCAACACUCCCUCAGACGCUCAAAGGCUCUUGGCUAGCGCCUCCCUCACCUCUCGUGGAUCGGCUGAGUGGGUACCGCUCACAGUCUGGGCACCUGUCUAAGGCGGUCGAGCAUGCGGCACAGAGAGUACAAAAGGCGCAUAAGCUCCUCUAAAUCAAAGAUCAAUAUCAAGUGGCUGACCAUCAAUAUCAAGUGGCUGACCCUGUACAACCCCUUGCGUAAAUCA